AUGCUGAAAACAGACACGGAUUCCUCCUCUGCCAGGCUCUUGUCUCUUGCAUCACAGCAAAGAAACGAUCUACUCAAUGCUGCAUCGGAACCAGAGUCUAGUUUCGAAAGGCCGGCAGGGAAUCUGGUAUCCCCACGUCUGCUCGAACCUUUUGCAGUACCUGUGGUGGACCAAAUAUUUAUAGGUGCAAAUGAUGGCAAGACCGAAGAAGUUACAAGCGUAGAUACUCUCAAUUCUCUGCCACUUGACCCCCAGAUAUCAACGCAGACUCGGUUCGUUCCCGGAGGUGACUUAAGUCCACAGUUGGUUUUUGAUUCAGCUGUGACAGACGGCCCCGACCUCAAGAAUGACCCUGAUGAGGAAACUGUUGCAAGUGGUCCUCUUUUACGGCUGUUCCCCUUGCAACCUAUACGACUAGCGAUUGGAAGUUUAUUAAGUGCUAUAUUGAAUUUACUUUGUCGAGCACUUGAUGAAUACUUUCCAGAUGAAACUAUCCCGGGGGAUCAUAUAAGAAUUCACUGGACCUGUAAGUGUGGCAGGAAAAUGUUUGAUGAUUUUAUUGAAACACAGCCCGGAGCUGCUCGACGUCUUGAAUCAUACCUCAACCGACCUAGGCAACACGUCGCGGCGAUAAACACAGAGAGUGAAUCAUCCACAGGGUCGUUUGAGCUAUCUAACUCUACGUCGUCGAUCCAGCCACCGAGCACUCAAACGACUAAUGAUGAUUCUUGUGAUAUAACUAAUGUUAACAAUCAAUCUCGGUAUAUCCCAAGUUCAUUCAGAAAUUCAGGUCCUACGGCCCUCGAUAGAAUUUCGCACACAGAACAAUUGUGGUUGCUCACUUGCGCAGACGAGCAAAAGUACACAACGAAACUAGUUCAUCUAGACAUGGAUCCACUUAAAAUCAGAUCAGACAUGGAACUUUCUCGGGCCCUUAAGAAACAACAUCUAAUUACGCGUCAGAAGUGGUGGCAAGCCAUACGACCCCGUGGACUAAUCACGAUAAAAUUUGUUCAGUUUGAACUCCACCGCUCUCGAGUUGUUGAUAUUCGAAAAUGUCCUGACAUGCCUCCAAGAUCCGAACACAAAUACGCCUUUGACCACAGCGAGCUGAUCCCCCCAGUCGGCGAGAACUAUCUCAUGCACUUAAUACACCACCCGGAAGACUACGAGGAUGAAAUUGUGACCUAUCAGCGGCUCCCCAAAAGGCGUGGGGACAGGCUCCACGUUCCCGAAAAUAUGGAUGUUACGAUAGGCUGGGGUAUCCACCUCGUGGAAGGAUUUUUGGCGUAUAAAGUGUGGGGUAUGUUUACUGGGGUGUUUAUAAUAGGGAGCAUGGUUUUCGCUAUGGUAUGGGCGACGAGGAAGAGUGAUAUACAGAGCGCUUUUAGCGUCGCUGCUUAUAUUUGUGGGCUUUGUUCAUUGUUUAUAGGCUGCUUCAUAUCGUAUUUAGAGUAA